AUGGUUUGGCGGUGUUUCAGCUAUGGUAUCAAAAAGAAUCAGAAUGCACCGUUUGGUUAUUUAAAAGUAUCAAGUGAUCUCCAGUCAGUACAUCUGCAUAUACUUCCUUACAAUUAUCCUGUAUUUCUUCAGUUACUUGGUGAUAUAUGUGAUCAUAAACGUAUGACGGAAGCCUGGGGUCAUCAGUUUGUGAACUAUCUAGGAACCAUACCGAAAUAUUACUUUAUGCCCCUAGCGAAGGCGUUUGAACGAAUAGGGUUUGUCGGGAUGAUUAAGCCUGAAGCUAUUGACCGUGCACUUCCUUAUCAAUUGAAACAUUCUUUGCAAAAGCUUCGGCAUUCAGCUAAAAUUGAAUACGAUAACUUCGUGCGUAUGACGCAAACUGACAGCCCCACAAACCCAACUGUUACUUUACCAUCAGCCUUAUUGCCUUUACCUUUGUGGCCGCUACGUGAAUUUAAAUCGAUGUAUAUCAAACCUAAGCGUCUUCAUUCAAAUUCUCUUCGACCUUGUAAUAUAUCUCGAACCAAGUUGCGCGUAGUUUUGGGAAAAAUGAGGCAUGAACUUGAUAACCUCCUAAAUGGUUCAUCUAGCAUCCGAGCAGUUGACUUGAUUCAUCAACAACCAGUCGCCUUAAUGGGUGAUUAUGUUAACUACAGAAAUUCCCGGCAGGUCGAAACACCUUUGAGGGAGAUAAAUCCAACUCCUGAACGAUCGGAUACAUUCGGAAACCCUUUCCGACGGAAGUCUACAUCCUUCGUCGCAGAUGAAGGUUUCGUUGAUGAGAUGGAUUCAUUGCAAGUUAAUUCUUGUAAUCCGAAUACAGUUUUGCUCAAUUUUGGGCGAAAAAAGUCUGCACAAACCACCAAAAAUCCUCAAGCAAGAGUCAAAGGUCCCUUACCUCCGUAUAUUAAUCACCUAAAUUGGCGUUUUUUCUCGCCGAAAUCUUCACCGCUGUCAUCGCCUAGAUCUUCGGAUAAUACUUUCAGUGAAGAAAUAUCAAGCGCGAUUUCAUCUCCCACAUAUGCCGACAAUUCCCCUUCCUUAAUAAACCACUCAAGAUUCACCAACCAAGCAAUUAUUGAAAAAACAAAUACUUUUGAUACUAGAAAUGCAUCGUCAUUGGAAAGUUUUAAAUUAAACAAGAAAAUUAUGUUCGAAUUAAUUCAUUUGGUUCGACAGCCUUAUACAGUAGAUGCAGUGCUGUUAUUUGACCGCAUGAAUGAACUCACUGGUUCAAUUGGACAAAGAGAAGCUGUGGUUUCGAUGUUGAUGUCAGAAGCUUUGAGAUUCAGAAGAUCAUGUCUAUAUUUUUUACUAAGCGACUGGCGAACAUGGUUGCUGCAAAUUGAAAUACUUUCAUCACUAAUAUCUAGUGAUCACAAUUAUGAACUUGGGGUAUGCUGUGUCGGUGAAAAUAACAUCCUUAGCUCUAGUGGUGGAAAAUCACAACCUGCUAUUUUGGGUGUUAUCUUCAAUAUCAAAACCAACCAAAUAAAUCCUGCUCGUAUAAGUUGGAAAGCACGUGGACCUGUUCCUGCGUUAAGACUUUUACGCCUAAACUGUGUAGGUUCAGAUGAAAUAACUAACGUAUUCAACCCAGAAAGGUGUUACCUGACCAUAGAUCCUUUCCCGUACGUUCGCCCAGCUUUUGUGGAUGCGCAAAUUACAUCUGAAGAAAUUCGAGCUAGGUCCACAACACCUGAGCAAGAACCUGCAACAUACUUUGAAGGUCAGAUUGCUGUGCACCGCUUAAGGCUUCACUGUCCUAACUCCCUAAGUUGGUUUGGACUUGGUCCACUGAUCUUUCGUUGUGUUCUGGAUUCAAAUAAACCGUGGGUCCCUAUAAAUGGAGCUUCCACAGUUGCAUCAGAAGACCCUUUAACAAACGUCGAAAUAUAA